CGCGCCGUGUAGUGAGCGCGCCCGGCCGGACGCCGGCCCAAGACGACCCAUCCUCCAGUGACGGUGACUGGUCGCCGCGAGUCCAGCUCGGCGGAUACCGUGAGAGCACCGUGCCUCAGCGGAGACGGGCCGGCCGCGCCAUGGAGUCGGAGCAGCACCCGAGCCCCGAGCUGACCGACGAGCAGCUGGCGGCCGCCAUCGCCGAGCCGCCUGUGUCCGGCGAGUGGAAGCUGUACUGGGACGCGGUGCCGCCGCCGUCUCAGGCGGUGCUGCUGACGCUCAGCUGCCUGCCCGAGCUGCGCCGGCGCGUCCGGCUGGUGCGCGUUAACGUGCUGCGCAGCCAGCAGCUGACGGCGGCGUUCCGGGCGCUCAGCCCGCUGCACCAGGUGCCGCUGCUGGAGGCCGCCGGCGGCUCCGUGCUGACCGAGAGCCGCGCAAUCAUGGCCUACCUGGCCGAGGAGGCCGGACCGGCCGGCGCCGCGCUGCUGCCCGACACCGUCCGCGGCCGCGCCGCCGGCCUGCGCUGGACGCUGUUCGACGUCACGUGUCUCUACCCGCGGCUCAAGGAGUACCACCUGCCGGUGAUGGCUGGGCGCGCGGGCCGGCCGCCGGCGGACGCGCUGCCGCCGCUGGCCGAGGCGCUGGCCGUGCUGGACGCCGAGCUGCAGCGCACGCCCUACCUGGCGGGGGAGGCGGCCAGCCUGGCCGACCUGGGCCUGGCGGUGACGGUGGCGCAGGCGCGCGCUGUCGGCGUGCCGCUGACGCACCUGGCCGCCGUCGGCAGCUGGUACGAGCGGCUGCGGCUCCGGCUGCCCGGCCUGCAGCACGCCGAGCGCGGCAGCGCCCAGUACGCGGCCACGCUGCAGCGGCUGAUGGACGCCUGGGAGCGGCGGCACAGCCCAGACACAGCGGCAGAGCGAGACGGCCCCAGGGAGGAGGCAGAGCGCAGAGACUCGGAGGGCCGCCAGUGAGGCCGAGGGACACAGAUGUGUGCGUGUGACCGGGGAGGGUGGUGCGCUGGAUAGUAGUGGCGGGCUGAUAGGUUACCAUCUGCUAGCCGGCGCAACAAUCGGAAACAGCCACAUUCCACACGCACUGUAUGUGUUGGAUCGUUCAUAGUUCUGUUCAGUUGAACAUGUAAGGAUAAAUCCUUUUAUUGCGACAUGCUCUGAUGCUGGUAUAUAGUUACUUACUAUAUAGUACCUAAGGUGUUUGUUUUUGCCGUUUACCCUAACAUGUUGGG